CGUCCUCCCACACCUCCCUCCCCGCAUCCCUCCCUCCUGCAUCCCUCCCUCCUGCAUCCCUCCCCCCAUCCCUUCCUCUGCCUGCGCAGAACCGCGACCAUGGCGCUCAGCAAUUUCCUCUUCGCUCAGUGCAUCUGCUACUUCCUGGCCUUCCUCUUCAGCUUCAUCGUGGUGGUGCCUCUCUCCGAGAAUGGCAACGACUUCCACGGCCGGUGCCUGCUCUUCACUGAGGGCAUGUGGCUCAACACCAACCUGACGGUGGAGAGGCAGCGCUUCACCGUGCAGGAGUGGGGGCCUGAGGCUGCCUGCCGCUUCAGCAUCUUCACCGGGCUCCUCUCCCUGCUGCUGGCCACAGUGCAGGCAUGGAGGACCCUCUUCUUCCUCUGCAAAGGGCAUGAGGACUCUUUCUUUUAUGUCUUCCUGAAUCUGCUGAUCAGCGCCUUUGUGAUGUUUAUCACAUUUAUUGCUAGCACUAUUGUGAGUGUAGGAUUUAACAUGUGGUGUGAUGCAAUUACUGAAAAAGGAAGCAUGCCGAACAGCUGUGAAGAAUUACAGGAUAUAGAUCUUGAACUGAACUUAGAAAACUCUGCUUUCUAUGACCAGUUUGCUAUUGCACAGUUUGGUCUCUGGGCUGCCUGGCUGACUUGGCUGGCAAUUACCAUUCUGGCUUUCCUGAAGGUUUAUCACAACUACAGACAGGAGGACCUGCUAGAUAGUCUGAUCCAUGAGAAGGAGCUGUUGCUAGGAAGAUCCUCUUCACGAACCUCUUUGCAAGAUGAGAAAAGUGGCAUGAUCUAAAGUGUACACAAAUUUCCAGAGCAGGAUCUAGAUUUUAUUAUUCAGUAGUGUGAGCUGAAGUUGAGUCAGGGUAUUGAGUGUGUGAGAUCUUUCCUUUCCUGAAAAGAGGUGUACUUGUGAAUCCCCUGCUUCCUCCAUGAGAAAUUGUUGGCAGGAAUACUUAUAUUAGGUUACAGAGAAUAAGCAGCCCCACGUGCCAUUGGCAGAGCAAAGUUUCUGUCCUGUGGAGGCACAAGCUGUAACCAGCUCUUGCUAGUAGAACUCCUGUAUGCUAUCGCUGGCUUUUGGGGCAGGGGCUAUUUUUGAGGACUGUGCUGGCAAGACCAGGUUACAGAGCCUAGGCUAUUUCUUCAAACUGUUCUGCAGCAACAGUUGUAACUGGGACAGUGUCUAAUUUCUCUUCUCUCCCUCUUCUCCCUUUUUGCCAGUAACGUUGCCCCUAUUCUCACUUAAUCUGGGUAAUUGCAACUCUGGUCCAGGUACAGAUUCUUGCUGCCUCUGCUUUUGCUAUGUGUGGACACAGCGCUGACAAGCCUGUUGCUCCUGCUUUGAUUUUGAGUCCAUUUAGAACAGAUACUUGUGUUCCAGACUUGAUGUUUAGUAUCAGACCAUGUUAAUGAAUUUCAUGAAACCUCUCUAAUAUCACAGUAUCUGUAAAAAGCUGUGUAUCAUUAUUGGGAAGGAUGGUGGAAAAUUUUUGUGCUCUUUUUUCUUCUUAGAUUUUGGCAUGACUAACAUUUUUUAUGAUUCCUGUAGUGUAGCUAGCAAUUGCUGAAGCUUGCAUACUAAGAAAUGAGGCUGCAUAGAUAAUAUUAAUGCUUGUGCGUUUACAAAUGUAACUUGGUCCCUAACGUAUAUUAUUCAGUUUUGAGUAUUAGAAUUUACUUAUGAUAUUUAUUUCAUAUAGGGUAUGCAAGAUUACUGUGAACAUUUGCAUUGUAGGUGACUCUAUGUAUCUGUAAACUUAGCAAGGAACUUGAACAGCUGAGUUAUUUUAUAGGUAUUUCAGUGUCCGUUCUCUCCACUCAUGGGCAGGAAUACCAGGGCUGAUAAAUUUUGCUAUGAAAAGAACUCUUACUUUCACAGAGCUCAUUAAUGACUUGGAUGUUGUUUUCAGUUUUACUUGGACAGUGUUUCGACAAAUAAGGUGAAUGGUUAAGACAGGAAGUAGAUGUGAUAAUUAAGUGUCACUCAGAUGACUGUGGGCUUUGCAUGUCAGAGAAGUAAAGUUGUACUAGAAUUAGGCAAUUAUCCUUGGGUACACAUUACACAAAAGACCCUGAUUCAGCAGAAAACUUAAGCAAGCAGUCAAGUUUAGGCUGAAGAAGAUUUUUCGGGAGAACACUUUGACUUCUGUGUUUGAGCUGAGAUGGAAUUUAUUGCAAUAUGAGUGCAAAGCACGCACAACUAUAUUGACUGGUAAUGAAGAAGGAGAGGAGAGAAGGCAGCAAGCUGGUUUCCAGCUCAUCAGAGUUCAAGCCUGGGACUAGCACAACCAUGCAGAUUUACUGUUGUCUUCUAGGGACUAUCUGAUGCUUAAAGCUAAGUAGUGGUUUAAGCAUAAGGUUGAAACAGAAUUUAAAGACGUAAAAAAUCCCUGAAUUUGUAAGCAUCUUAGGGCAUAUAAUCUAACACUUUUAACAGCCAAAUUUUUAUACUUUUAGGGAAAAAUCCCUCCAUAGGCUGUAAGCAAUGAGCCAGCCCUGUGAACAUCACUAAUAGCCCCAGCUGGCCACAGCUGUCUAUAGAGAGUAUUUCAGUAUAAUUUCUGCCCACAAGGGAAUGCAAUUCCUUUGAAAGCUCAGUGGCUUUUUUUGUAGUUGUGAAUGGACAUCAGAGGAGAGAAUUAGAGAUCAAGUUAGUUAAUAUAAAAUUCAUAUUCAGAGAUCAGGACUGUUAGAGUGCCUUUUGUUAUUCAGUUGAUUUAAUAAGAGAGACACACUUGCAGAUAUCUAAGGCCUUUACCAGGCUAUGAACUUCCCCUUCAUACCGUAACAAAUAGCUUGGGUCCUGAAAGUUAACCUGUUUCAUGUAUUUUGCCAGUUGCUUCUUCAACUGUAAAAGACACUAGUUCUUCUUCCAAUCUCACUUUGAAUUUGAGAUUCAACUGUGAUAUCUCUUCCCAGAAAUUAAUUCAAAGCAUGCCUUACUUUUCACGUGGAACCACGAUCCUGCUUUGCAUAAUAUAUUUUGUGUACGUGCUAAAUCCAGUUUAGGUUGAAUUAACGUGGGUUGUGACCACCAUUCCCAGUCUUGCUUUGGGGUUUGAAGAACCAAGAGGCAGAAGAUACAGCAAGCGUCUCCUCCUCAUCCUUGCCCUGAGAUACCAGGGCUUAAGACUUGUCUCUGGUUCUGAGGAGGAGGAAGAUACUCCUCAUUGCUGAGGUUGUCCAGAGCUCAUGCUCUCUUCUAAUUCUCUUUUCACUCAUCUUAGGGUCUCUUCUCCUUUCCAGUUUCAUGAGAAUCAGCAAACACUGCUCCUGGGAUUUCGGGUCUUGUUGACUUUUGGGGUUAACAUUUCCAGUAGUAUUUGUCACCCUGACACUGUCUCCCUGACACUAUCUAUCUUCAUUGUUCUGCAGCUCGAUUGACAAAAAGUGGGAUCUUUAAAGCACCUGGAGCAGCCAGAUUCCCACCUUGAAGUAAAAGUCAAUAGGAAUGAAAUACCUCAUUUCAGUCUUUGGGAAGUCCAGCUCAACACAAGUGCAUAUACAGACUCAUCUGUUAAAUUUGGCAUCAAAGCUCAGCCUCUCUAAUUCAUUUACCUGGGUGAAUUCAUAUUAACUGAAAAGAGGCAGAGGCUUUUCUUAGAGUCUCACAUGCAUCCUAGUCUCUUUUCACCAGCUUCCCUCACUUAACUGAGUGGGCUGAGGCUGGCAUGCAGCUUACAAGCAUGUGCAAUAUUUAAAAGAGAAGCGAGUUUUGAAGGAAGCUCCUGGGCAGGUGCAAAGGUAGACCAUUUAGUGAGACACACUGUGUCUGAGUUGAAGGGAGGAAGGGCAUUGCAGCACUCAGUUAUUGGACCUGCUUUCUUGCUUGAGCUUUCUCAUUCGCAUUUCUCUUUCUCCAACUUUUUCUCCUAAAGCUUGCUCACUCAGGCCAGCCUGAUGAUACCAAGCUGAAAAUGUGUUAGAAUAGCAGCAUUAUUUAAAUACACAUACAUACAUACCUAUGCUGUCUCUCAAACAUGUCUCUCUUUUGUACACUUCUGACCUCUGCUUUUAGUCAUCUAUUGCAAAUCAAUGCAAAAUGUGGCUGCAAUCUUCAGAGUCAAAUGUUGCAUUUCUAUGAUAUUUCAAUGACUUCUUUAAUUUGCCAUCUACAAAAGCGAACUUCUGGUAACACUCCAGCAAGAGGUGCUUUCAAAGAAAUAGAACCCUGUGUGGUAUUUAUAUGUGUAUUUAUUUAUUGUCACAUGGUGGAAGGGGAAAAAGCCUCGUGGCCUUUGGCCACACAGCCCUUCCUGCUGCUGCCCAUAGCAAAACUGUGAGCCAUUCUAGUCGAUAACAUGGGAUGCAGUCAUUAGGUCCCUGUGUUCUCUAUGAUGCUAAAACAACAAUCAGAUGGUCUUUGUUUUGGCCUAUGAAAGCUGCUAGUAGUGCAGGGAGAGCCUUACUUGGUCGAAUGUAACUGGAUGCUGCUUUCCGAGGCACCGAGGUGUUGCCACUCAAUUAUUUUUUUUAUACUGAGUAUAUUCACCAUGUCCAGGCUACAAUCUGUGGUUAAUUUCUCUGCCAAUUCCCUGCCAGCAGUUCACAUUGGCAUAGAAAAAUUUGAGCUAACAAGUGCUAUCUGAGCUUUUUAUUAUAUUGUUUAUUAUUAUUUUUAUAAUGGAGAAACAAUUGAAGCCAGUUUUUUUGGAACAGAAUUUCCUCAUGAGGGCAUAAAUAUUCCUAAGUUCUUAUCCUACUAAUUCAUGAGACAUCUUUCAACUGUGAACUUAAAUAGGAAUUGUAAAAAUAGCAGCAUGAUGAUUUACUUUAAAAUCUGAAGGACACAUCUGUGCUAUGGCAAUGUUUCUAUGGUCCCUUAGAAAAGUGAUUGUUAUAAUAACCAGUGACGGAUGCUUGAGUACAUAGGCCUUGUCAUGAAAGCAUCUGUGAAAGCAUUCAGGGAGUUGGUGUAUGUGUGUAUGCACAAUGUACACAGAUAUAUGCCAGAAAUAAUUUUACUGUUCUUCUCUGAUAUGGAUAGAGGCUUUUUGCUUAACAGGUAGCUUAGUUUGGAGUAGUUGUGAGGUUGCUUUAACUUUCUACACUGCCUUUUUCUUAGUUAGUAUUAGGAUCUCUGCAAUGACAGACAGGUUAUUAUACCCAGAGGUGGAUGUGGAUGCGAUGUGAGUGGAGUAGGAAAGCACUGCCCGGUGCACACUGUCUGAAGGGUUAAGAUGAGUUUCUGUUGUGGGUUUGCUGAUGUUUUAACUGCUUCCCUGUCUCUGGAUAAUGUCCUGGUACUAGCUCGUAUUAGUCCUUUAGGAACAGAGUCACGUUUCCCUCGAUGGUCUUCUGUCACUAACACAAAACACCGUUGACUUAAUAUACGUAGUAUGCAGGAUGGAAACAGAGCUGUGAGGAAAAGGAGCACACACUUUACAGUUACAUUGUAUGAGCAAGGGGUACUUUUCCCCUGUUUCAGGAAUACAGCACUACAGAUUCCUAAAUGACCAGUGACCUUGGCAUGAACAUAGUCCUGUAACUAAUUCAUUUAAAAUACAGAAUUCCAGGCAUCAAACAAAACAUAUUUUAAUAGAAGUGUCAGUCUUUCCAUUGUAAAACCACACUGUUCUGCAACACAAUACGGUAUUCUGGCUCAAAACAGCCAGCAUGUCUUUUUGUAAAUAUUUCUUUGCUGUUAGAGAAGAGAAGGUGAAAAAGGGGCAAAAAGAUGUAUGUGUAAUAGAGUUAUUUAGUAGUGUGUUUAGAUCAUAGAAUCAUAGACAUCAUAGAAUGGUUUGGGUUGGGAGGAACCUUAAAGAUUAUCUAGUUCCAAACCUCCUGCCAUGGUCAUGUUGCUCAAAGCCUCAUCCAGCCUUGUCCUGAACACCUAGAGGGACAGGGCAUCCACGACUUCUCUGAGCAACCUGUGCCAGUACCUCACCACCUUCACAGUAAAAAGUCUCUUCCUAAUAUCUAAUCUAAAUCUAUCCUCUUUCAGCUUAGAACUUCUAUGCCUCAUCACUGCGCUCCCUAACAGAGUCCCUUCCCAGCUUUCUUGUAGGAGCCCAUUAAAUACUGGAAGAUUGCUAUAAGGUCUCCCGGCAGCCUUCUCUUUUUUAGGGUGAACAAGCCCAACCCUCUCAGACUGUCCUCAUAUGGGAGGUGUUCUAUCCCUCUGAUCAUCUUCUAUUUAUUGUCUUAAUGGCUGAAUAAAUUCAGGCAGAUCUUUGGUCUAGCAAGUUGGUGUGUAGCUCUUGAGGGACAGAAGGACUAAGAUGAUCUAUGGUGUCUGAGAAUGCAACCAAGAUAACCUUCUGUAUUUAAAACAAUGUGAAAACUCAUCUUAAGAAAACACAUGCACUUGCCCCGUUUCUUCUAAGCCCCAGUGUAAAUGGUGGAUUAGAGUGCCCUAGACUCUGUUAUUCUUUAAAAUGCUGGGCUAGACUGGACAAGCUGAUUGCUGGUUUGAAGGCUUUGGGGUUUCUUGGUGCAAUGGCUACUGCAUGUGAAAAGCAUGACUGGUUCAGAGAGGACAUUCAGGAUUCCCCUGGACACCUGAAGGCUCUCAUCAAAGAGCUACAAAACCAUGUUUCACCUUCAUUGUUCUUCAGAAUCUUUCGUCUGACAUAUUGGUCCAACCUCAGUUGUUCACACCUCAUGCUCCUUAGCCUCUAGAUUCAUGGUUGAUUACAAUCCCCUGAGAAGUUGGGGGACAGAAGUCUUUCCAGGCUGAUCUGGGUGCAGAAUGUGGGUCACAUUGUUAGGGAAAUGUGAGCCUCAGGUGUAUAGGUUUUAUGCUGGAAAGAGUUUCUGCUCAACCUCAAAUCACACAUUGAUCUAUGUGAUGGAUCUCAGAAAAUGCAAUAUCAAAUGUUCAGAUUCGGAAUGGAUCUCACCUACAAAAUGUUCAGUGUAAGAAUGUACAUGCAUACCUAGCAUUUGGGUGACUGUAGCUUUUAUCAUCUCCCUUCUCCAAAGCUGCACACCCCUGUCCCCAACAUAUUGCAUGUAUAUUAACAUUUGAAUGAUUAUUUAAAUGAUAAAUUUAACAAAAAUUCAGACAGUCAUUCAUACCGGCAAGACUCAAAGAGUAUUUAAUGAUAAACCGAUUUGGAUUUUGACAAAACUUUUGCCAUUUCUUCUAAAUCAGUGGCCUGGGUGUGAACAUCCUUGAGCUAAUGGGAAUCCUGUCUGUAUCCAGAUCCUAAAUUUAUCUCAGACCAUUUCCUUUGCUCAUGGAAAUAGCCCAUUUUUAAGUUGUUGGAAAGUUUGCUUUGGAGACCAAAAAUGUCCUUUCCUUAUGCUUAAGCAGUCUGGGAAGAGAGGCAGCUUUUGCCUGGCUAGUUUCUGCAUCUGCAUGCAGUGAGAAAACACUCAUAUAGGUUAAUGAGCACUGAAAUUGUUUCAGAAUUUUUUCUGUUCAUGGUCCUAAUACCUCGAAAUGCAUGGUUCUAUUUUUGUCUUCAGGUUAAGAAAACUUAACCUGAGCUGUAUUUUAAUAUGCACAAAUAGACGUGUAAGAGAUGUUCAAAUUUUUUUUAAGUGACAAAAUUCCAUUUAAUAAUUUGUGAACCUAACAACAAUAUAGAAGAUGGCACUUGGAUGCGCUCCUGACAUAAAAGAGAAAAACACAAUUGCACUGUCUCAGAAAACUUAACAUUUGUUUCUGAAAGGUUAGACAGGAAUUUACUUAAUAUAUAGCAAGUACUGCUUAUUUUAGUGCAGGCACAUUAUUGAUAGCAUCUUUUCACUCUGUUGCUGGGAAGACUAUUUACAUAGCAAUGCUUUCUCUUUAGUUUCGUUUGUCCAUGCCAAAGAGUGCAAUUGAACUAACAUUGCAAACAUAGAUUAACAUGAAUGUAUUCACCUGAGUGCUUAAACUUUUCUACCUCUCAUAGCUGCUGUAACUGUUUGAGCUGUAGCUGCACACAAUAGUCAACAGACCUGAAUUGUGUUAGUAAGAGUCUAAAUUGUGUUUGUGUAGAUGGCUAAAAGAUUUAGGGUUUAAAUCUUAUUAGCUUCCUUAUCAGAUCCUUAUUCCUAAAAAAAUAGGCAUAGGAAUCCAAGAAGGGCUAUGUGAAUCACUCUUUUGAUUGGUCAAAUGAUUAUUUUACUUUGAUUUGGGUAUUCUUUUCAUUUUUUUUUCUCACCAAAACAAAAAAGUACCAACUGUGAUUUGUUAGAUGUGGAAGGUUAUAUCUUACCUGUCAAGUAGCAUUUCACAAAGGUGGAAGAAAGCAGUGAGCUACUUGUUAACAUGCCUGUUAACAGUCCCAGUCUUCCCCAGCUAGCAGGUAACUAAGAGAUAGAGGUGUAGUCUCCCACUGUGCCUUAGGAGACAGAAGCCUGCAUCUCCAUGCUUCCACCAUGGCGUUAUCCUGAAACCACCUCAAAUCCUCCUGUUAGAGCCCUUCUACUUGUCUUGAAAUUCCUAAAUAACAGUUGUUUGGCCUGUUGGUCCUGUGUUUUAUCAAGGAAGUAAAGUACUUGACAGCAGGAGCUGCUCACUGAAAUAGCUUGAAUUAUUUGUGUGUGGUGAAAACUCAAUUUGAGAAGUUUUUGUUUCUCCUUUCCACUUGACUAUGUUGUAAAUUGAGUGUCGAGACAACCUGCCAGGAGGCAGGAAUAAAGAUUCAUAGUUGCUGUUGAUAUCUUGGGUGGUUUCUCACACAAAUGAGUAAACAUUCUUAUGACAAAACUACUCUUCCUUACUUUUCCCUUGUUUCCCCCUAGAUCUGGGCAAGUUUGACUCCAGUUUGUAUAUGGGUUCUGAAGAGUAUUAAUGAAUGAAUGUGAGAAAAAUUGCUGCUCCUAUGGCAAACUUUAUAUUUUGUCAAAAAAAUAAGAUAAAGUGUCACAGAUGUUCCCUUGUUCUCACAUGGGCUCUCUGGAGUAUGACGUCAAACCCUCCCCUUUACAUAAACCAGGCCUGAUUUGGGUUACAUGUUGCUCUAAGAAGUUCCCGAGGCUGAUGCCAGCAGUGCCUUGAGGAAUCUGGCAGAGUUAAGUGAGUGCUAUGUUAAGCCAUACAUUUUUUAUGGGAAAUGUUUGAAAAUUGUUUGUCGUGGUCUUCCACAUAACAGAGUGCAGAGCUCUUCUCCCUCUCACUCCUGCAGCAGAGGGAAUUAUUGUUUCCUAUUGACACUACAAGUCCAACAGUUUGUGUCUGAAAUACAGCAUAUUUUCCUGCACCACACUGGAUCAGCAUUUCACCAGUUAUCCUUUUCCACUUUCUUGUUCUUGCUGCAACAGUUUUAACUGUCAUUGUUAGAACAGUGUUCAACAUUUGGCUUUGGAAGGUGCUAACAGUUUCCUAAUAUUAUUAAACCACACUCUUCUGGAGCUGCAAACAGUCCAUUUUCUAAAUGAUGCUGAGAAGUUCUGUGCUGAACAGUGUCCUUCCAUGGGGAGAAGCACUGCAUUGCGGUCCAGAGUCAGUGCAGAGUGAUGGUAUGAGAGCAGUUCUGGUCAAACACUCUCAAUAAAACUAUUGAUUUUUUUUUUUUUUAGCCCAAGCCACACAAUUGAGAAAUCAGGAUAUUAUAACCUGAAGUACACUGCUAAGGGAUUUUGAAAGGUUUAUACACAAAACAAAACAGCAAAACCUCCAAUACUUUCACUAACAUCUUCUUGCCCUGGAUCCUUUCAUCUCCAAAAAUAUUCUUGCAAACUUCUUGAGAGUUUUCUUGCCAUCAAGGUGAUCAGCCCUUACUUCUCACAUAUCUUCCUUCCAGGGACAGAAAAGUGCUGAGGGUGACAGAAAAGUGGCAUAAAUCACAACAGGAACAGGUAGUGAGGAGAACUGUUAGUGCAUUUCCAAUGAUGGGUUUUGGCUUUCAGGCUGUGAUGGGAGGGAUCCAGCAUGGCAAUCCAAGCACUGUCAGGGCUGACUCUGAUUUCAGCCUUUGCUUGGCCCAUUCAGCCCCAGCCUGCUAAUGUUGCUCCUUGAACUGCAGAGUAUCUCGAAGUAUGUGUUUGCCUUAACUCAGCUUCUGGAGGGAACCACCUGUGUCAGCUGUGCAGAUACCUGGUUUAAAGGGGCUGGCAUUGCCACCAGGUCUGGAGGGGCUGCUUUGGAACUCUCUUCUUUCCACAUUGGCAGCUUCAGCUACCCUACAGCUGGCCCUUUGCCCUGUGCCGAUUGUGGCUUGUGUGGGGAAAAGUCUGUUCCCAAAUCUCUUGCUCUUUCUGAAAGGAGCUCAUUAACACCCAUAGUUUUAAAAGGUUUGGGGUUUUUGUGUGGUAUCACCUGCAAAGAUCUGAAGGUGACCUUUCUUGUUUAUAAAUCAUUGCAGAGCCUGAAAGCAUUUCAGCCUCUCUGAAAUGUAUAUCCUGUGACUUAUGCAUUUGUGAACUACUCUCCUUAUAGCCAUCUGGGAAAAUUUUACAUGAGUCUAGACUAACCAUUAUGUUAUGCUGCUAAUGAGGUCUCCACAUCAUGGGUAUUUGGGGACUAAAUUAAACACUUUUUCAUAAUUUGUUUAUUUGUUGAAAGCAGUAGAGGGGAAGAUCCUUUACUGAUGUAUAUAGCUUAGCUUUGUGAGCUGUGCUGGAGACGCACCAGUCCACACAAACAGAGGGUAGAGCCUGGUUUAUUUUGGAUAUUAUCUCUCCUGGUUUGUGUGUUCUUCUGCAGUGUAAUGACUGCUGAAUUGAGGCUUUAAUUGCAUGCGUUUGACAGAGCAGAAGUGGAGUGAGGUUUAUUAUUGUUUUGAUACAGUCUCAGAAGCUUUUUACUAGCAUUUUAAUAUAGCCCUUUGUAACAGUUAGCAAAUAAAAAUUGAGUCCAAUCCUUCUGCUAAUGGAGUCAUUGACUAAGUUUCCUUUGGCUUUAGUAGGAGCUGAAUGGGUUCAGUAUACGUGUACACUCUAGUGUUACUGAUAAUGAGUUAAUGUGUUUUAUAUAUUGAUGCUUUUUGCUGGACAGUGCAUUGCCUUUUUAUGAUUUGGCGAUAUAUACAAAUAAAUUAUUUGAAAAGUCAAUAUUUCUGUGUCUCUUUUUUGAAGGUGAAUUUAAUUUGUUGCAGCAUAAGAUAAAAAAUAGUUCUCAAAGUCAGUGUUAAUGUCCAGUUUGUGUAGUCAGUGCAGCUUGUACAGUUAAGGAUAUAGCCAGCCAUCCUAAGCUGCCUGAGCCCUUUUGGUACUGUCUUCCAGCAGUGAACCCUAAUGUCAUAGCAGUCAAGGAGAAGAUGCUUACAUGUCAGCACAAACCUGAAAGGCAGCGUGUUACUGGAUGUAGAUAGGGACCACAGGCAGCAUGGGCAGGUUAAUUUUCUAAAAGCUAAUUUGUUAAUUUUUGUUUUGUAACAUCAGCCUUUAUCUUUAGAAAUGGGCC